AUGCAAGUCGGGGUCACGGCAGCCAGCAGGGACUCGAAUGGAACUGACGGUGAGAGCCUGGAUGCUACUCCCAUCGCUUGUACUGAAGCCGUGACUUUUAUUGACAUUCUUGAGAAAGAAGAGUGGGAAUCCUUUUAUUCUUCCUUUAAGACAGAACAGCUGGUGACCCUUUGGAUUCUGUUUGUUGUCACCAUUGCUGGGAACUCCAUUGUUUUGCUCUCUACCUGGAAAAGAAAGCAGAAAUCCAGAAUGGCUUUUUUUGUUACCCAGCUAGCCAUAACAGAUUGCUUUACCGGCCUUAUAAAUAUUAUGACGGAUAUAAUUUGGCGCUUCACUGGAGAUUUCAUGGCCCCUGAUCUUGUCUGCCGAAUUGUCCGCUAUUUGCAGGUUGUGCUUUUGUAUGCUUCAACCUACGUUCUGGUAUCAUUAAGUAUAGACCGAUAUCACGCCAUAGUGCAUCCCAUGAAGUUCUUUCAAAGAGAAAGGCAGGCAAAAAUUCUGAUUGUGGUUGCCUGGGGCCUCUCCUUCUUGUUUUCCAUCCCAACUCUCAUCAUAUUUGGAAAGCGGAAACUGUCCAAUGGGGAAGUGCAAUGCUGGGCUGCCUGGCCAGAUGACUCUUACUGGAUCCCCUACAUGACCACGGUUGCCUUCCUUGUAUAUUUUAUUCCUCUCAUCAUUAUCAGUGUUAUUUAUUUCAUUGUGAUUCGUACAAUCUGGACAAAGAGUAAAGCCCAUGCUGUGAUCAUCUCUAACUGUGCUGAUGGCAAAUUCUGUGCCAGUUACGCCCAUCGAGGACUAAUAUCAAAAGCAAAAAUCAAAGCUAUCAAGUACAGUGUGGUUGUAAUAUUUGCAUUUGUGCUUUGCUGGAGUCCUUACUUUCUCUUUGAUAUCCUGGACAACUUCAACAUCCUGCCCGACACCAAAGAACGCUUCUAUGCAGCAGUGAUUAUUCAGAACCUGCCAGCUUUAAACAGCGCCAUCAACCCCAUCAUAUACUGCAUCUUCAGUGAAAGCCUUUGCCUUGCUUUCAGGCAAAGAAAAUCAGGACAUUUGGGGACUUUCAGAGAAAGAACAGAAGGGCAGGAAAUGCAAGUCCUGUCCAAGCCAGAAUAUAUUUAG